UACACAGUCCGUGUACAGCACAUGUCUGUGACUCUCUCUUCUACAUUGUAUGCUUGGAUUUUCAUUUUUUCUCUUCUUGUUGAUGCGACCUAGAAGAAUGCAGGGCUCACAGGAGCCCUGUUCUGUGAUUUAUUUGGGCCGAGACAAUCUUGAGAAAACCCAUGAGAAAUCACUGAAAGAAUGGCUGAAAACACAUUUGAUUGUGCCUCCAAUGGAACUAAUUUCCCGUAUAUUACACUCACUAUUUCCAACUUCACGGCUGCCCCCUCCAGAUCUUUUGGGGCCUGGUUUAGCAUUUUUUAUCUUAGCGGCUCUCCUUCACACAGGGCAUUCAGCUAAAGUAUUACAGACAGCAUCAUCUGCACCAUCUCCAAUUCUUGCUAUUCUGCUAUACACAGCCCUGAUUCCAGCAGCAGCAUAUGUUUCUGUCUGCAUAGCAGGAUCAACAUUGUCGCUGAUGGAAACAAUUUCACUUAUGGGUUACGCUUCCUAUGGCCACAUACUUGCAAUGGGUAUCCCAGUUCUCUUUCACCAAGAAGAAAGUGAAAUAUUCUUCUUUUGGUGCCUUACUGUAUUUGGAGGGCUCAGUUCUUUAAGAAUUAUACUUGUACUGCUAGUUUCAGUACGUAUUCCUGCAGCCCGGUUAGUAGUGUGUAGUCUCGUAGCAACUUUACAUUUGCUUUCUCUUGUAUUCCUGCAUUUUGUUUACAUGCAUACGACAUUUGUGUAUGGUGGAAACUGAAGUGUUGAGGCUAAAAAUAAAUAUUUUAUUUGAAGCCCUGUCAGAUUUUCCCAUAUUUUAACUGAAAUCAAAUCAUUAAAAGAGUGUAUACAGAUAAUUUCACUGCCAUAAAUAUGGAAAAUGUAAUUCAUAUCAUUUCAAGGAGCCCAGCAGAAUCUUUGUUAGCAAUACAGACCACAGGAUUGUGAUACUGAAGUGUCAGUGGUGGAAUGCACUUCAGCUUUCAAAAAGUUACAUAAUUCUUUCAUAGUGCCUUGUGCUGAACAAUUUGUAAAGACUGGAAGCUGAUGUGCUUUUAUUAAGGUGGCUCUUCGAACAGUUAUAUCCUGAGUAGUAGUGGUUUUCCCCCCACCCCCAAACUAGUGGAAUAUCUUCAUUGUAUUGGUAUAAGUGGUUACAUCAGAAAAAUAUGAAUGUAGAAGGUAGUUUUGUAGCUGGUGCUGAAAGUGGUAUGACUGUGCCCUAUAAUAAAAUAUGGAAACAAAUUGAAGUAUUGUGUAGUUUUCACUGCACAGAUUUGUUUAGUCAAACAGGUGAAUCAUUAUAGUGAAGUAUUCCAAAGUUCAUGUACAGAGAUCCCAUGAAAUUAGUUGCAUAUUACAAGCAGUAUUACCCCUAUUUAUUUGUAUUCUCAUGACCAUUUAAUUGUUGCAUUUAGAAUAUUAUUAAAUUUUACAUAAUAUGCAGUCUGACCACCAAUCGUUGCACAUUGUUAGUGCCUGACGUGUUCAGAGCAGCAUAUGAUAGCCGAACAGAUUUGAUGUUCAGAUUGUUGUCUACUGUAUUAUCAACAGUUUUGGCCCAAAAUUGAAUUUUGUAAAAAUAUUCAUGUAAUACCUCUUAGUAGCAUAGCAGAACUACUUCGUGUUGAUGUAUCAAGACUGAAAAUAUUGUAAUCAAUGUGCCCAAGAGUUUCAUGUAUGCACUUGUAAUGUACUUAAAUUUCUUGAAGGCAUUCAUCUUUAUUCCAAAUAAAUUUGUUAUAAAAUA